AUGUUUCGCUCAACCACUCUUCUUAUUUUUACCCUUGUUGCUACCUUGCAUGCCCAAUCCGGAAGCCCUAAGCUCAACUGCAAAGCCUAUUGGCUUACACGGUAUAUUCUGGAUAACAACGCCAACAAAACGAAUACUGACACAUAUCGCGUGGAAUGUGGUUACGAAUUGCAUAAACCUUUAAGCGACGGAGAGAUUCAAUAUCUUCCUGAAAAGGUUGCCGCUAGCGUCAUAACUUCAGGUCUCCCUGAACGUGUUGAUAAGGGUCAAUUGGUGGGACUUGUACAGGAUGCGAUGGUUCCUCAUGAGCAAAAAGUUGAAAUAAUCGAGAAGCCACACUCUACAACAUAG